GGAAGCACUGGACGGCCGUUUCGUGCUAUUGUGGAGCUCCUCAGCAGUGCGCAUCUACGAUUUCGCUCGCAGGAUUCCAGCCCAACGAUCUUCGACUUAAAAAUCAUAGGAAUUUUCAUGUCCGAUCUAUGAUCCUUGAUAAUCUUGACAUAAAGUACACUGAAGAAUAUUUUAUAUUUAAAGCAUUUAUUAGGUUUACGCACCCAAAUGAUUCUGUGUUAUGCAUGAGAGUUUAUGACAUUUAAAAUUUCCACAUAAAAAUCAAUAAGUACGAUAUAAGAAAUAAGAUAGAUAUAACUGAGGUGCCUUUAUGUAUGUCCAUGUUUAUAUCUGAUCAAAGUUUUUCAUUCGGUAAAUAGUAAGGACUCUUGAAUAGACCAGCUCCAUUGAAUCCACUGGACAUAGAAGCAGCACACACAAACCUUCCUAUAGAUGUCCCUCCACCAACAACCGAAGAAAUCAGGAUGGCCAUCAGACAAAUCAAGGGUGGGAAAGUAGAAGGACCUGACAAUAUGUCAGCUGAGGCACUGAAGUCAGACAUUGAAGUAAACAUAAACAUACUUCACCUUCUAUUCAAGAAGGUUUGGGAGGAGGAACAAGUGCCGACGGACUGGAAAGAAGGAAACCUCAUCAAGAUUCCAAAGAAAGAGAAUCUGAGCAAAUGUGAAAACUACAGAGGCAUCACAAUACUGUCAGUACCAGGGAAAGUCUUCGGCAGUGUUGCUGAGCCGGAUGAAAGACGCAGUAGAUGCCCUACUUCGAGACCAACAGGCUGGAUUGCGUAAGGA